AUGUUUGCUAACGCGGUUUUCAUAACUCCAGGUAGACUUUUAAAUGAAAGUAUCCUCGUUUUCUAGCGGUGCGUUUUACUUCAGUACAAGCACAACAAACUUUGUUAAUUUUACGGUGAUUUUUGUGCAUCACCAAUAUAGGGCAAAAAAAACCACGGUAUUUUCGUUUUGUCUCCUUUUCUGGAAAACUAUUUAUUUGUGGAAAGAUGAUAUAUAUUUUUUGGCACGUAUUUCUUUAAAAUGUUUUUUAUCAGUAUUAACAGGGUAAAAGGCUCCUGGUAUUAUCAGAAUUUAUAUUUCUUGAUCCUUGUCAGCGUUCACGAUAUUAACAGUCACCGACUCUUAUAUUCUCUUCUUCAUGCCAGUUAACGGAGUUGCAAAAGCCAUGGGUUGUCCUCUUCACUACAUAGUACAAAAGUUUGAGUUUUUUCUCUUUUUUUUUCAGCUGAAGUGAAAGACAAUCUCGAGCAGAUCAGAAAAGAAAUGGAAAAGAUCAUGGGAAAGUUGGAUAGAAAAGAAAGAGGGAAAAAAGCAUCCAAAGGUCAUUUUGAGCUCUACCAAUCUUCUCGUAGACAGGCUAGUUACAAAUAGUACUGGCCAGUUUAAUCCUCGUUAUUCUCGAACGGUAAAAAAGUUGUCCUAUGAAGGCUCUUGUAGGGAGAGUACUAAUCCCGUGUCAAACAAAUGCUCAAUCCCGUGCUGACGGUCAUUGUCUUAGGAUAAAAAAAUAACAGGUUACCAUGGUAACAUUGGAACCUGUUUAAACACCCUUACUUGUAGCUGUAAGUGCUAAAGAGUGAAAAACAGGUUCUGUGACCAACAUUGUUUAGUCGUCGAAUUGUGAUAAGCGUGUUUGAUACAACCUUUUGCCAGGUUUAAAAAAUUGUGAGAGUGCCUUUAGAACCAUUUGAAUUCAACGAAAAUUUCAAGUGGUUCUGAUCCUGUUACCAUAAGGUCAGGUGUCGCUUUUAAAACCGUUUGGUCUGAAAUUGGACAUACAUUUAACCGUAGGGUUGAGAUAGGGUGUUGUUUGGUCUGGAAACGGUUAUGAAUGCCUACUCUUUGUUUUUAUUCAUUGCUUGAGAUGUCCGCUCUGAUUAAUUUGGAGCAUUUCUAUGAUUUUGACGCAAAUCGAAGCGUCUGAUUGCUGCAACUGUCUGGUCUGAAAUGGGGUAUCGAAUUUUGGGUCAGGUUUGAAAUAUGGUGGUAAAAAUAGCGUAUUUUGGUAUAAAAGAAGACAAAGUUACAAGAAACACACUGCGGGCCCCUACCUUAUUUUUCGGGGAGUAAUUGUCUUGGUCCAUGCUUGGUCUUUGUAGCACCUAGUGAUGGUCAUUCUCUGCGCCACUAGGUGUUUGGGUGAAACCUUUCCUUAAAAAUAAAGAUAAUUGGAAAGAGAAGGAAAUAAUAGAAAGCUAUCCUGGAUAGGGAUAAGGCGAGAAGCGCUAUUUAGGAUAAAAUGAUUUCAAUACUGAAAAUUUAAUUAUUAUUUAAGGACAAUAGUAAUGUUACAGUACUGUAAAAUUCCGAAGAUAAGCUCCUCUAUGUAUAAGCCCCCAAAACCGGUAACGGAAAAAGCCCUCCGUUAAAUCGCCCCUCCAAAUAUAAGUCCCCCUCGGGGACUUGUACUUGAAAAAUUGCCCUCAAAUACAAUGUAAAACAAAGCAAAAACGGUAAAUUUACUUCCAACUAUUAGGCUAGCCCUAUCGAUUUUGAAACGCAAAUUUCCCUAGUCAGUAGAUAAGCCCCUCCAAAAAUGAGCCCCUCAAAAAAGCUCUGGGGCUUAUUUUCGGAAUUUUACGGUAAUUUAUUGUUAUUAUUUAUUGUAUCCCAGUUGUUUUGAUAGAUAAGCAUAUUGAAAGCAUUCGCCAAAAGUACGAACGUCUGGAGGGAUGGCUCGCGCCCUUUCCUUGGUGCGAAGACUUUCAGUUUCAUCUUAAUGAUAUUUAUACACGGCUUCUUAUGGUCAGCAGAGGAAAAAAAGCCAGAGGAACGGGAAUAGAAAGUGUUGUCGAAAUGGCUGAAAUCUUCAAACCCCACGAAGAAUGCAAACAACCAAAAAAAGUGUUGAUUGAAGGAAAUCCUGGAAUGGGAAAGACGACAUACUGCAAUAAGGUUGCUUACGACUGGGCCACAAAGAAACACAGCGCAGAAGGCUGCUUUCCGAAAUUUGAAUUGGUGCUCAUGCUGAAAUGCCGGGAUGUUGGGCGCAAUUCUGACCUUUGGGAAGCCAUUGAUGAUCAGCUUUUGCCUCGUGAAGUCCAAAAAGAAGAAAGAGAUACAUUAUUUGAGUUCAUUCGCCAAAAUCAAUCAAAGAUUCUUCUGAUACUUGACGGAUUGGAUGAGUUACCUACAGGCAGACUGCCGGAGUUUACCGAAAUCAUACAAGGAAAAAUGCUUCCCCUAUGUCACCUUGUGGUUACAGCUCGGCAGGAGGCUGGGAUACCUGUGAGAAACGUCUGUGAUACGCUGCUGGAGAUUAAAGGAUUUACUCCAGGAGAUGCCAUACAAUUCAUACUGAAAUUCUUUAGUGGAAAGGAAGAGCUUGUCGAAGCGCUCUUUCACAGACUUUUAGAAGACACAAGCCUCCAACAUAUGAUAGCAAACCCUUUACAUACUGCACUUCUUUGCCUUCUUUGUGAAGAUUUUGAUGGAAUUUUACCUGAAAGAAUAACUCAGUUGUACUCAGAAAUAGUACAAUGUGUUUUAAGAAGAUACAGGAAAAAGAAAGGUCUAACAGUAGACGAUGAGGACCCGAUUGAAAUCUACGAAGAUCAGUUGAAACACCUUGGCUCGAUAGCGUUAAACGGUCUCCGUGAAAACAACAUGUAUUUCGAUAACAAACGCCUUGGAAGUGGAUAUAGCGACUUACCUGGAUUCGGAUUCCUGUCAGUUCAACCAGGAAGCAGCAAGCGAAGACCGUGUUUGUGUUACGGCUUUACGCAUAAGAGUUUCCAAGAGUUCUUCGCAGGACAUUACCUUUGUUGCCAGCUUGUCAGCAAGGAAAUCAGUCCUGAAGAAGUAGUUGCUGACAUGAGAUAUUUUGUAGAACUGAGGCAAGUAUUACAAUUUGCCUCUGGCCUGCUAGCAGUGCGAUCUGAAGAAAGUGUAGCAUCCCUUAUUAACAGCAUAACGAAUGAGGUCAACGCAAUGGAGGAGGAGGAAUUGAUAGAAUAUUACUUACCUGUUGCGCUGGAAUGCAUUAAAGAAUGUGAAAAGGGGAGUUCUAAUUCUCACUUGGAACUGGCACGCACUUUUGGGUUAUGUCUGAAAGUUAAAGAAGCUGAUCUCAAAAACCAACAAAUAGGCGAUGCCACUGCUGUUGUCUUUGGUGCCGCGCUGGAAACAAACACAACUCUGUCAGGUUUAGAUUUGUCUUACAAUAAUCUUCGUCUUGCUGCUGCUGAAUCACUUGCUGCCGCGCUGGAAAUUAACGCAACUCUGACAUAUUUGAAUUUGUCUUACAAUGAACUUGGCCCCAGUGGUGCUGAGUCACUUGCUAGAGCGUUUGAAAGAAACACGAGUCUUACAAUUUUGGAUUUGUCGUACAAUGGCCUUGGUCCUGCUGGUGCUGAUUAUCUUGCUUCUGCACUGAAAACAAACACAACACUGACAGAUUUGACUGUGUCUGGAAAUUGUCUUGGCCCUGCUGGUGCUGAAUCCUUUGCUAGCGCCCUAAUAACAAACACAAGUCUGACAAAUUUGGAUUUGUCUGGUAAUAAUAUUGGUCCUGUUGGUAUUGAGUCACUUUCUGUAGCCCUUAAAACAAACGCGACUAUGACAUAUUUAGUGUUGACCGCCAACAAACUCGGACCAGUUGAUGCUGAUUUACUUGUUACCGCCCUUGAAACAAACAAAACUCUGGAAUACUUGAAAUUGUCGCACAAUGAUCUUGGUCCGGCUGGUGCUAAGUCACUUUCCGGUGCACUUGAAACAAACGCAACUCUGAAACUUUUGGAUUUGUCUUACAAUGACGUUGGUUCUGCCGGUGCGAGGUCACUUUCUACUGCGCUUGAAACAAACAGGGCUCUGACACUGUUGGAUUUGUCUUACAAUGACAUUGGACCCUCUGGUGCUGAAUCACUAGCUGCCAUGCUAAAGGUAAACACAACUUUGACAUUGUUGAAUUUGUGUUUCAAUGACCUUGGGUCAAGUAUUGAGUUGUUUGUGGAUGCACUUCAUGUAAAUAGCACCAUCGAUUUUCUUUUGUUGUCUGCUAAAAACGCUGGUGAAUCUGUCCGAAGCAAACUUAAGGAAGCACAUGGUACCCGGCUCACAGUCUUCUAGGUUAAAAGUAAAAUAUUAUUUACGCACAAUUCAGUUAAAUAGGACAUUUUAAUUUAGAAGCAAGGGCUGGGUUUAUUUGAUUAUGAUGAACUACAUUGUGGUCUGAACAACGCAAGAUGCUAUUAUAGAUCAUGCAAUUAUUGAAAAAGUCUGCCUAUAAAGGAAUUUAAAGAGAG